UACAGGAUACCGCGACGGGGGGUACGAUCCGUAUUUGGUCACUGACGACGAGAUAGACCUCCUGGCGUCGGACCUCGAUCUUCAACUACCAGAAGUAUUAAGGGUUUCCGAAUUGCAUUCCCCACUACCAUCCCUAGCGCUUUUCCCAGUAAAAAAGAGGCCAGGGAUGUUCUGAGGAAUGUAAUUCCGUAACCUCUAACAGUAGACGAGCUUUUACUGGAGAAUCGCAAGAAGAAUAAGAGGAAGUCCGCGAAGAGGAAAAGCAAGAAGAUCAUGAAAAUCACGAGGACCAAGACUCCUUCUGACCAAGGAGUAACUACUAAAGGAGUAAAUGAACAAGAUAGUCCGCGUGAAAAGAUCAGGCGUGAAGAGGCUACAGAAGAUGCAGAAGAUUUGCGAGAGCUGGUAGGGAUUGGGGAGCUAGAAGAUGAGCUCAAGAAUUUAUCGUGUGUACGUGAGACGAAGUGCCAGGCAG